UUGAACCCUCCCACAUCCAAAUCCACUGGGAUCUUCGUUUCGUCUGAUUGGUUGAGGAUGCGGCAACAAGGGGCGAGAACAAUAGCAUCAUUCGGGCAUAAAAAGAGUGCAGCAAUGCCUUGGAGACGAAAACAUUUCAGCACCACAGAGAUCAAUAGCUUAGCGAAAAUAUAAGUUAGCAACCGAGGCUCCUGGCGUGACUGUAAUCUCACAAACCUGGAUAUCAUCCGAGCCUUCGCCCACCUCUCCAAAGUGCCUUUCUGUCAUUCGCAAAGAUGCCUAAAGGAUUCCUGGUAAAAAGAAACAAGAAAUCAGCACAUGUUUCCUACAGGACUCGUACAGAUGAAUAUGAGCAGGAGCAUCACAUCCCAGCCUUUCAGAGUCAGGUGGACUCAUCUCCGCCUGUCUCUAUUGCGUCCAGUCCGGACCGCGCAGCUCCAUCACCAGACAUCGCAGCAGACGCCCCGGUCCCCAGUCUGGAUGCUAAAGGGGUUCAGUUUGGCAACCAAGAGGCUGUGUACCAAGCCCUCUACAGCCCCACCAGGCCCAUCAGCAAGGACCACGAGAGGAGAUAUUACGAAAGAAGUUUUAAUCUAGGUUCGCCAAUUUCUGCUGAAUCAUUCCCGACACCUGCCUCCCUCAGCAGUUUAGAUCAUCUCCUGUUCGCCCCCGUGGAUUUGAAAAUAGGCACUAGCAACAGCAACCGCAGCGGCACCACCAGCAGGAUCCCCGCUACAGCCAUCAGGGGCGGUACUAAGAGGCCCGCAUCUGACACUGAGCGCAAGAGCAAACCUGCCUCCAAAAAACCCAAAGCCAUCAGAAAACUGAAUUUUGAAGACGAAAUGACAACGUCUCCGGUACUUGGUUUGAAAAUCAAAGAGGCUCCUGUCGACUUUAAACCCAGAACGCAGACGUCGGCAGGUGGGAAGCCGUUAGGAGAGUUUGUCUGUCAAUUGUGUAAGGAAGCAUACGCUGAUCCAUUUUCUUUGGCCCAGCACAAGUGCUCUAGGAUAGUGAGAGUUGAGUACAAGUGUCCUGAGUGUGAUAAGAUGUUCAGCUGCCCGGCUAACCUCGCCUCUCACCGGCGCUGGCACAAACCGAGAGCGCAGAGUGCAGCCGGGAUACCAUCUACACCGAGCAUCAAAUCUGAAAUCGCCAAAAUCCCCCCCGGUGUCAAGUCCACCUCAGAGGAAGCCAAAGACCCAAGAAUCGAGCUUCUGAGUGACAGAGACUCCCCCAGCCCAGGUAUGUCUGAAUCGGGCUCAGAAGACGGUUUAUACAACUGCCAACACUGUGGGAAGAGGUUUAAGCGCCAAGCAUACCUAAGAAAACACAUCCUGGGACACCAAGCCUUGCAGAAUAAAAUGUUCGAGGACCACACGUUUCAAAACAGCGACAGAGUGGAAGAGCAGGUGCCAGUGUCCUUAAUCUCAGAGGAAAAUACAAACCAAAGUCCCCUGAAUCUAAGCCCCGUGGACUGCCUUCUCUGCCCCGUUUGCGGGGAGAAUUUCCCCAACAGGGCCAGCCAGGAGAGACACUUGCGUCUCAUGCACUCCUCCCAGGUGUAUUCCUGCAAGUACUGCUCUGCCACUUUCUACAGCUCACCGGGACUCACGAGGCACAUCAACAAAUGUCAUCCGUCGGAAAAUAGGCAGGUGAUCCUGCUUCAAAUGCCCGUGCGCCCUGCUUGCUGAGCAAAGGGAGCGUUGGAAAACAAGUUAAUUGCCUACACUACUGAAAGACAGGCAACUUGAUGUUUAGAUUGUGUGUUCGAUGAGAGCUGUCCUAUCCAUGCCAAUCAGAUGGUUGUUGAAUGCUUAUCUAUUUCUUGAAAUAAAAAAAUAGGCAUAUAUUUUGAGAUUUCUCUCAAAUAGUUUAUUGAAAGAAAACAAAGUGUUAGUUUGACUGUUAAAGGUAUUUUUCUAGGACAGCUGCACACGUGCUCAAGUAGCCUAAUAGCUUCUAGACCUAAGAACUGUUUCAUUUUCCCUCAUAAAAGCCUUUUAAUUCACAGACUGUGAAUUUCUGUUUCAUUAAGCUUUAUGCUAACUUAUGAAUCACAGGACAGACUUAUCAACUUUGUCUUAAAAACGUGCAAAUAUCGAAUCAUUCCCUUUUAGUAGAACCACAAAUGCCUUUAGAAUAUAGCCUAAACACAUCGAAACUCUGCUGUACAACUGCCUUAAAAAAGUCAACAUAAUGAUUGUUUUAAUUUUGAAUGCUGGCACAUAUUUUAUUAUUAAUUGUUGCAAUAUUGUUUCGUCAUAAUACUUGUAUUUAUUUAUUUAUUUAUUCUAUUUGCAAUUCUAUUCUGUAAUUUAUUGUUGUAUUGUGUGAUUAUUCUGUGUCAUUCUGGCAGUUCACAUGUGGUAGCCAAAUGUUUUGUCAAAAUUAGGAGUUGUGAUAAUUGUCGUGGACCGGUCUAAAUCUUCAAUCUCCACAGCUCUUGUAAAACGUAAAGCUCUUAUCUUAGAUGCAAUCUUUUUCUAUGAACAUUUUUAUUUUCUUAAAUGUUGGCUUUUAUAGCGCUUUGAUUGUAUGUGUACACUGUUGUCAUCUAUCUGUCCAUCAAAAUAAAAAAAUAUUUUCAAA